GCUCUACAAUGUAACAAAAGCAGCGGGAUGAAACAGUGAAAUAACGCGCGAGUGUAUGAAGCGCUGCUUUCACGCGGGACCUGAUUAAUAACACAGCACACACACCACGCACACACCCACCGCUGAGUUCAGUGGUUAAAGAGCUGAUAGUGGCUCGGGCUGUGAGUGAGUGAGCUCAGGAGGACUGUGCUUACAGAUUGCCGAGAGACUGCCAGAGGAAUCUCUGCCGCAGCUGGACAGGAGAGCGACCGGAGGACCGGAGCGGGCCGACAUGGACGAGCAGCCGCGCCUGAUGCACGCUCAUGCGGCCGUGGGGAUGAGCGGACACCCGGGCCUGUCUCAGCACAUACCGGACAACACCGGAGCCACCGACGGAGACGGGAGGAAGCAGGACAUUGGAGACAUUUUACAACAGAUCAUGACCAUCACUGACCAGAGUCUGGACGAGGCGCAGGCCAGAAAACAUGCACUCAACUGCCACAGAAUGAAGCCAGCGCUCUUCAACGUCCUGUGUGAAAUCAAAGAAAAAACAGUGUUGAGUAUCCGUGGCGCCCAGGAGGAGGAGCCUCCCGAUGCCCAGCUGAUGCGAUUGGACAACAUGCUGCUGGCGGAGGGCGUGUCCGGCCCGGAGAAAGGGGGCGGGUCUGCGGCGGCCGCGGCGGCGGCGGCGGCGUCGGGUGGAGUAGGAGCCGAUAACUCCGCCGAACACUCCGAUUACAGAGCCAAACUCUCACAGAUCCGCCAGAUCUACCACACCGAGCUGGAGAAAUACGAACAGGCGUGUAACGAGUUCACAACCCAUGUGAUGAACCUUCUGAGAGAGCAGUCUCGCACGCGGCCCAUCUCGCCUAAAGAGAUCGAGCGCAUGGUCGGCAUCAUCCACCGCAAGUUCAGCUCCAUCCAGAUGCAGCUCAAGCAGAGCACCUGCGAGGCCGUCAUGAUCCUGCGAUCCCGCUUCCUUGACGCCAGGAGGAAAAGACGAAACUUUAACAAACAGGCCACAGAGAUCCUGAAUGAAUAUUUCUACUCCCAUCUCAGUAACCCGUAUCCCAGCGAGGAGGCCAAAGAAGAGCUGGCCAAGAAGUGUUCGAUCACAGUCUCGCAGGUGUCCAACUGGUUCGGAAACAAACGGAUCCGAUAUAAGAAGAACAUCGGAAAAUUCCAGGAAGAAGCCAACAUGUACGCGGCCAGAACGGCUGUGAACGCGGCGAGCGUGUCGGCACAUGGCAGCCAGGCCAACUCCCCGUCCACUCCAAACUCAGCAGGUUCUGCUGGCUCUUUUAACAUGUCAAACUCUGGCGAUUUGUUUAUGAGUGUUCAGUCUCUGAACGGGGACUCGUACCAGGGCUCUCAGGUGGGAGCCAAUGUGCAGUCACAGGUGGAUACCCUUCGCCAUGUUAUCAGCCAGACAGGAGGAUACAGUGACGGCCUCGCAGCAAACCAGAUGUACAGUCCGCAGGGCAUCAAUGCGAACGGUGGCUGGCAGGACCCGACCACCCCGUCCUCCGUCACCUCCCCCACAGAAGGACCCGGAAGCGUUCACUCCGACACCUCCAACUGAUCAUCACACACAACGGACUGUCUCCAUCCCCGCACCACACGCUCCUCUGGCCGGUGUGAACACAAGAGCGCAUCAUCAAACGUCUUCAUGCUACCUCUCUCCGAACAUCCACACGUCGCCUCCAACAAGACAACAGGACGUUUAGACUAGACACACGACUCUACACUGUACGUCAACCCGUCACAGCAAACAUCACGUUAUGUUUGAAACAUUUUUGCAAUUUUACCAUAGUGCCAAAGUACUUUUAUACAUCACUUUAGGAAGUCGUUUUACAUCAUAAUAGACUUGUUAUGCUUGAAAAAGCAGUUUGCACUGCACCUGAGCUGAUUUCUGUUCCACUAAUAACCUUUGGUUUAUGUGCAUAAGGGAAAAUCGUCAUUUCCCUGCUUUGGUGAGAAAUAAAUACAAUGCAGUUUAGAUAUAAAUAUCAAAAUUCAUUUCUAAAGGUUAUUAGCACAACAGUAUCAUUUUGCAUUUUAAACAAGAUUCACAUCAUGCAUCAGUUUAUUCAUGCAACCUUGAUGAAUUUUCGUCUGAUAUUCAUGUACAGACACACAAAUCCCUUUAUAUACCAUCAUCAUCAUCAUCAUCAUCAUCAUCAUCGCUGAAGGAUCUUCAUCAGCGCACAUGAGAUGCAAUAAAAGGCAAUCAGAAGAGAACCAA